AUGGAUUGGGUACCUACGUAUGCUAAAACCCACACGGACAAUCAAGGGAAUUGGGUUGAUCCGGUUGCUGAACAAAAUUAUCGGAACAUACAACACGCGACAAGUGAAUGGAGCGGUGAGGGUCCGCCAAUUGCCCCGUAUCAGGAAGCGUUGGGUGAGCGGCGAGGAUGGUACCGCGGGAUGGGGCCUAAAACUUCUUCCAACACGUCCUCGCACUCGUCAUCUAACAUGUCGUCUUCGCAAUCUCGGACGCAAGAACCCUUUUCCGAGGAUUUUGUUAACAGCUUGUUCCAAACCCCGUCAUUUUUGAACCAACUUAACAACUAUCUUGCUUCACAAGGAAAAGGAAAAGGAAAAGGAAAGUCAAAAGACUACGAUUCUGACAACUUAUUCGAUAAUGAAUCCGACGAUGAACCCAACGAUAACGAUGACGAUGAGUGACUUGUUUUUAAUGUAUGCUUUGGAUUUAAUUAAACGUUGUAGGAUAUAAUGUACGACUUAAACGUAG